AUAAAGCAACAAAAACAUUUAAGAAGAUUCAUAAUAUACUUUGUUAUAAUCAGGAACUAGUAGUUGUCUUAGUUGGAGGACUUCUUGACCUGUUUUUGUAAGAUCUGAAGGAAGAAACUGUUAUUCCUGGAUGCCCUAUUAGCCUGUGGCACUGUUAUCCAAAUUCCUGCAGCUCGCCCUGGACAAAGCUUUGGAAACUUAAUAGCGUCACAACAUGCAAAAUACGACACCAGAGGCAUAGUGCAGGAAUAGACAGGGAUGUAGUCGUAUACAGUCACAGGGUUUUCAGCUGCAUCUAUUCACUGAGAAAGUGGAGGACACCGGUAAGCACAUGUGGGAAUGGAGUAGAGUCAUCAUCGACACCACAAGAUGGACACUACAGAUGACUGUCGCAUGGAGGAGAUGGAGACAGAAAAUCACCAAACUGUGGACUUCUCAACUAGACUAUCAGAUGAAACAUUACAAUAUUUGUCGAGCGAGCAUCCUUCCAGCAGCUGCAGGAAGGUCAACAUGAAAUCCAGACCCAGACUUUUAACAACUAAAAGCUUCCCCCCUUACAGCCAGUGUAUUGGUGGACUAGGAGAAGACAAAGACGACAACAGUGAAAUAGAUUCAGAAGCAAGUAUCGCUCAUCAACCGUGUCUUAGAUAUGAAGAAGCAAUAAGGAAAGACAGAAAUGAGGUGGCUCAAGGUACAGAAGAAAAGAUUGAACUGAUUUCUGGAUGUGCCAGGAGUGAAGUAAAGGUCAAAUGGAGGCUGAGGAGGAAGGAAAGACUCGGGGGCAGCUGUGAAAUGUGGCCGGAUGAACUGGAGAGAGUACGGUGGAGUGGGAAAAGAAGAGUGGAGGAGAACAGAAAAGAGAUAAGUCAGGAUGAUAAUGAUGGAGAAGAGGCAACAAACACUGACAGGAAACACUGGAGAAGUAAACCCUCGAAUGGUGAGGUGGAGAAAAAAGAAGACAAUGAAGAUGUGGUGGGAGAGGGAGGGGGGAGCGAAGAGAAGCCGGGACGCAAAACCGAAGGAGCUGAGGAGAUGCUGGGAAUGAGAGGGGAGUCCACAGCUCCUCAGUGGUCCUCUCCUCUGCUCUCUAAGCUUCUGCACUCAUCCACCUCCUCCUGCUCUUCCAUCAACCUCUCCUCAGCAGAGAGUGAUGAGGUGUUCAGCGAGGGAGAGGAUGCCACCUCCAAGAGAAAGACGUUCAAAAGGAGUCGCUCCUGGAAAACCUUCCUGACUAUGAUGCAGUGGUCACUGAAGAGGCAGAGCUCCUGGGUUCAGCUGGCCGGACAUCAAGGUAACUUCCAGCUCAGUGAGGGAGGAGAUGUGUUGAAGCGAUACAGUGAAGGGGAGGCCAUGUGUUUGGAUAACCUGAUGAAGGACCCACUCAGACCAUUUGUCCCGCAGUACUUUGGUUUGGUCACCAGGGGGGAGCACUGCUACAUCCGCCUGGAGGACCUGCUUAGUGGGCUAAGGAGACCAGUCAUCAUGGACUGUAAGAUGGGAGUCAGGACAUACCAGGAGGACGAAUUGCUUAAAGCACGAACCAAAGCCACACUGCGGAGCGACAUGUACCAGAAGAUGGUGAAAGUCGACCCAUCAGCUCUGUCAGCAGAGGAACACGCUCAGAAAGGUGUGUCCAAGUGGCGUUACCUUCAGUGGAGAGACAUGACCAGUUCGACAUCCACGCUGGGCUUCAGGAUUGAGGGCAUCAUGAUGGAGGAUGGCAGCAUCCAACGGGACUUCAGGAAAAUUCUGACCCUGGCUCAGGUCACUGAGGCCCUGCUCUACUUCACCAGGAGUCAGAUGAAUAUACUGAAAGCCUAUCAUUCCAGACUCAUAGCCCUGAGUGAUGCACUGAAGAUUUCACCAUUUUUCAGAAGUCAUGAGGUGAUCGGCAGUUCACUCCUCUUCGUCCAUGACCACAGUACUAAGGCCAGCGUGUGGAUGAUAGACUUCGGAAAGACAACUCCUGUUCCCGACACAAGUGAGCUGCAGCACAACAUCCCGUGGGCUGAGGGCAGCAGGGAGGAUGGGUACCUCAUCGGUCUGACCUCCCUCAUCACAUCUCUGAGCCAGGCCAUCAAUAUGGCGUCCUGGCAGCAGGAGGACAGCUCUGGAGAAGAAAUGGUCAAAUGAAAAAGGACUGAUGGGUCAUAUUAGUGCACAGCGAUGAUUUAAAGAUGUUCCAACAAAACCUAAAAGAGAAAAUUUUUCUUCUUGUAAAGGGAUGGAGAACACUAUGAUUCUUCUCAGUUCAUGUUGUGCAUCUGGCAUGUAAACAACAUGACAGUUGAGUCAGUGUUCAGUCAAUACUCAUAGGAUGUGACAUUUUUCUUUUCUGUUUUAUUUUUGACAAAAUUAAAGAGCAAAAACUGUAAAAUAUAAAAUCUGUAAGACUUGGAUUUUUUUUUUUUUAUUGAUAUAUUGACUUUUUGAACCCAGCAAUGUAUUCUUGUCCUCUGUAAGGGACUAGACUUUCCAGCUUUACUACAAAAAAAGAAGUGCUGUCCACCGCAAAGGACAUUCCAUAAAAAAAAAGCUAAAAAAAAAAAAAAAAAAAAAGUCUUAGCUGCAGAAGGCAUUCAUGGGGAAUCACGUAUAUAGGCACACCAAUAAAGUAGGCCUACUCUUUUUUUAAAUAAAAAAAAUGAAGAUUAAAAAAUGAAGCAGGUAAGAUAUUAUUAUCAUUAUUAUUAUUAUUAUUAUUAUUAUUAUUAUUAGGGACUUCAUUUCAGUCAGAUGCAUCUUAAAUCAGUGCUUCAUAAUAUGAUUACAUAUAAAUACAUAUUUUAAAAGAAAGGAAAAACUAUUUUAAUUUUUCUUAUUUUCAUGUGAUAUUUUCAUUUUCUCAAAGGAUCAGCAGUUGAAAUAUACAUUAAAGCAUAAAGUACAGCAAGUGGAUGCACAGAAGUCAAACCAUGAUAACGAUUAAAAAAAAAAAAAAAAAAAAGACGGUAGAAGCUGCAAAUGUUAAGACUCUUGCA